AGACAGGCGCGAGGCCCACAGAUGCUGGCUGAGUGAAUUGCAGACCACUCCGUGCUCCCUUCUGCCUGCUCCGUGGGUGCUGCAAACUCCGGGGGCCCUGUGCAGGCCCUCACGCGGCCGGAGGGACAGGACCCACCGAAGAUGACGUGGAUCUGUCUGUCCUGCAUGCUCUGGCCAGAGGACCUAGAGGCCCCCAAGACCCACCACUUCAAGGUGAAGACCUUCAAGAAGGUGAAGCCCUGUGGCAUCUGCCGCCAGGCCAUCACCCGGGAGGGCUGCACCUGCAAAGCUUGCAGCUUCUCCUGUCAUCGGAAAUGCCAGGCCAAGGUGGCUGCCCCCUGCGUUCCUCCACCCAGCCAUGAAUUGGUGCCCAUCACUGCUGAGAGUACGCCAAAGAAUGUAGUGGACCCGGGAGAAGGAGCCUCCCGGGGUGGAAACUCAAGGAAAAGCCUGGAGGAGGACGGUGCCACUAGAGUCCCACCAAGUGUCCAGACACUUCUGCAGCCCAUCAGAAGCAUGAGUGUAAGCCGGACCAUGGAGGACAGCUGUGAGCUGGAUCUGGUGUAUGUCACAGAGAGGAUCAUCGCUGUGUCCUUCCCCAGCACAGCCAAGGAGGAGAACUUCCGGAGCAACCUCCGUGAGGUGGCCCAGAUGCUCAAGUCCAAACAUGGAGGCAGCUACCUGCUGUUCAACCUCUCUGAGCGGAGACCUGACAUCACGAAGCUCCACACCAAGGUACUGGAGUUUGGCUGGCCCGACCUGCACACCCCGGCCCUGGAGAAGAUCUGCAGUGUCUGUAAGGCCAUGGACACUUGGCUCAAUGCGGACCCGCACAACGUUGUGGUCCUGCACAACAAGGGAAACCGAGGCAGGAUAGGAGUUGUGAUCGCGGCUUAUAUGCACUACAGCAACAUUUCUGCCAGUGCGGACCAGGCCCUGGACCGGUUUGCAAUGAAGCGAUUCUAUGAGGAUAAGAUCGUGCCCAUCGGGCAGCCGUCCCAGAGAAGGUACGUGCAUUACUUCAGCGGCCUGCUCUCCGGCUCCAUCAAAAUGAACAACAAGCCCUUGUUUCUGCACCACGUGAUCAUGCACGGCAUCCCCAACUUUGAAUCUAAAGGAGGGUGUCGGCCUUUUCUCCGCAUUUACCAGGCCAUGCAACCUGUUUACACAUCUGGCAUCUACAACAUCCCAGGAGACAGUCAGACCAGCAUCUGCAUUACCAUCGAGCCGGGACUGCUCUUGAAGGGGGACAUCUUGCUCAAGUGCUACCACAAGAAGUUCCGGAGCCCCUCCCGAGACGUCAUCUUCCGAGUGCAGUUCCACACCUGUGCUAUCCAUGACUUGGGAGUUGUCUUUGGGAAGGAGGACCUUGAUGAAGCCUUCAAAGAUGAUCGAUUCCCAGAAUAUGGCAAAGUGGAAUUCAUAUUUUCUUAUGGUCCAGAGAAAAUUCAAGGCAUGGAGCACCUGGAGAACGGGCCCAGUGUGUCUGUGGACUACAAUACCUCCGACCCCCUCAUCCGCUGGGAUUCCUAUGACAACUUCAGUGGACAUCGUGACGAUGCCAUGGAGGAGGUGGUGGGACACACCCAGGGCCCACUCGAUGGGAGCCUGUAUGCCAAGGUGAAGAAGAAGGACUCCCUGAACGGCAGCACUGGGGCCAUCAAUGCGGCGCGUCCUGUCCUGUCGGCCACCCCCAAUCACGUGGAGCACACACUGUCCGUGAGCAGUGACUCAGGCAACUCCACAGCUUCCACCAAGACAGACAAGACGGAUGAGCCAGCCCCUGGGGCCUCUGGUGCCCCUGCUUCCUUGAGCCCCGAGGAGAAGCGGGAGCUGGAUCGCCUGCUCAGUGGCUUUGGUUUAGAGCGAGAGAAGCAAGGUGCCAUGUACCAUGCACAGCACCUUCGGUCCCGCCCAGUAGGAGGCCCAGCCAUGUCCUCCUCUGGCCGCCACAUCGUCCCAGCUCAGGUUCAUGUCAAUGGCAGGGCCUUGGCAUCUGAGCGGGAGACAGACAUCCUCGAUGAUGAGCUGCCCAACCAAGAUGGGCACAGCGUGGGCAGCAUGGGCACCCUGUCCUCCCUGGAUGGUGUCACCAACACCAGUGAGGGGAACUACCCUGAGGCUCUGUCCCCACUGACCAACGGCCUGGACAAGUCCUACCCAGUGGAACCUCUGGUCAAUGGUGGGGGCUAUCCCUAUGAGUCUGUUGGCAGGGCAGUGCCUGCCCAGGCCAGCCAUGUGGUCCCUAUGCAUCCCUCCUACUCUGCGCAGGAGAAUUUAGCCAGCUACCAGCGUGGUGGGCCCCUCCCAGCCUGGCUGCAGCCAGCGACCACCUCCCACUAUGGCCAUGACCCCAGCAGCUUGUUCCGCUCUCAGUCCUUUCCGGAUGCCGAGCCCCAGCUGCCCCUGGCUCCAACCCGUGGGGGCAGCAGUCGAGAGGCUGUGCAGAGGGGGCUGAAUUCAUGGCAGCAGCAGCAGCCUCGCCCACCUCCUCGGCAGCAGGAAAGAGCCCAGUUGGAGAGUUUGGCGAGCAGCAGGCCCAGCCCCCAGCCAUUGACAGAGCCCCCCAUCCCUGCUCUCCCAGAGUUCCCAAGGGCAGCCUCUCAGCAGGAGAUCCAGCAGUCCAUCGAAGCCCUCAACAUGCUCAUGCUGGACCUAGAGCCAGCCUCGGCCGCUACCCCCCUGCACAAGUCCCAGAGUGUCCCGGGGGCCUGGCCAGGGGCUUCCCCACUCUCCUCCCAGCCCCCCACAGGCUCUUUCCACCAGUCCCACCCACUGACUCAGUCCAGGUCUGGCUACAUCCCCAGUGGGCAUUGCUUAGGAACCCCUGAGCCAGUUUCCACUGGCAGAUCUUACUCUCCUUAUGAUUAUCAGCUGUGUCCAGCUGGACCCAAUCAGGGUUUCCGUCCUAGGAGCCCAGCCUCCUCCUCCUCAUCUGCCAUCCUCCCAACCGCCCAUGGCCCUCCAGGGCCUCAGCAGCCCCCAGCCUCUCUCCCUGGCCUCACCACUCAGCCUCAGCUCCCACCAAAGGAAGCAGCUUCAGAUCCUUCCCGAACUCCAGAAGAGGAGCCAUUGAACCUGGAAGGGCUGGUGGCCCACCGGGUGGCAGGGGUGCAGGCUCGGGAGAGACAGCCUGCAGAGCCCCCAGCCCCGCUCCGGAGGAGGGCAGCCAGCGAUGGACAGUAUGAGAACCAAUCUCCUGAAGCCACGUCCCCCCGGAGCCCUGGGGUUCGCUCCCCCGUCCAGUGUGUCUCCCCAGAGCUGGCUCUUACCAUCGCCCUCAAUCCUGGUGGGCGGCCCAAAGAGCCCCAUCUGCACAGCUACAAGGAGGCUUUCGAGGAGAUGGAGGGAAGUUCUCCGACCAGCCCACCACCCACUGGGAUGCGCUCCCCUCCAGGGCUGGCCAAGACACCCCUGUCUGCUCUGGGCCUGAAACCACACAACCCAGCGGACAUCCUGCUGCACCCCACGGGCGAGGAAGAUGAGGGGAAGGAGGUGACUAAGCUUCCAGAAGAGCCCCGGAGUUAUGUCGAGUCUGUGGCGCGGACAGCAGUGGCCGGGCCCCGAGCUCAGGACACUGAGCCCAAGAGCUUCAGCGCCCCGGCUGCCCAGGCCUAUGGCCAGGAGACGCCACUGAGGAACGGGACCCUGGGCAGCUCGUUUGCCUCCCCCAGCCCACUGUCCACCAGCAGCCCCAUCCUCAGUGCAGACAGCACUUCAGUGGGAAGCUUCCCAUCAGGGGAGAGCAGCGACCAGGGCCCCAGGACACCCACCCAGCCCCUGCUGGAUUCUGGCUUCCGUUCCGGCAGCCUGGGGCAGCCCAGCCCUAUGGCCCAGAGAAGUUACCAGAGCCCUUCUCCUCUCCCGACCAUGGGCAGCAGCUACAGUAGCCCCGACUACUCACUUCAGCAAUUCAACUCCUCUCCGGAGAGCCAGGCCCGGCCUCAGCACGGCGUGGCCGGCAUCCACACAGUGCCAGGGAGCCCCCAGGCCCGCCACAGGACAGUGGGCACCAACACUCCCCCCAGUCCUGGUUUUGGCCGGCGAGCCAUAAACCCUGGCAUGACUGCCCCUGGUAGUCCUGGCUUGAGCCACCGCCAGGUGAUGGGUCCAUCAGGCCCCGGUGUCCAUGGGAACACGAUUUCCAGCCACCAGAGCAGUGCAGCAUCCACUCCAGGGAGCCCCGGCCUGGGCCGGCACCCUGGGGCCCACCAAGGCAACCUGGCCACCAGUGUCCAUGGCAACGCAAUAGCCAGCCCCGGAAGCCCCAGCCUGGGCCGUCACCUGGGAGGGUCCGGAUCUGUGGUUCCCGGCAGCCCCAGCUUGGACCGACACGUGGCCUAUGCUGGCUAUUCCACCCCUGAGGACCGCAGACCCACACUGUCCAGGCAGAGCAGUGCCUCCGGCUACCAGGCUCCUUCCACGCCCUCCUUCCCCGUGUCCCCUGCCUACUACCCAGGCCUGAGUAGCCCCGGCACCUCACCCUCGCCAGAUUCUGCAGCCUUCCGCCAAGGGAGCCCGACGCCAGCCCUGCCAGAGAAGCGGAGGAUGUCUGUGGGAGACCGGGCCGGCAGCCUCCCCAACUACGCCACCGUCAACGGGAAGGUGUCCUCCUCACCCGUUGCCAGCGGCAUGUCUAGCCCCAGCGGGGGCAGCACGGUCUCCUUCUCCCAUACUCUGCCCGACUUCUCCAAGUACUCCAUGCCAGACAACAGCCCUGAAACACGGGCUAAAGUGAAAUUUGUCCAGGACACUUCCAAGUAUUGGUACAAGCCCGAGAUCUCCAGAGAGCAGGCCAUCGCACUCCUCAAGGAUCAGGAGCCAGGGGCCUUCAUCAUCCGUGACAGUCACUCCUUCCGAGGGGCCUAUGGGCUGGCCAUGAAGGUGUCUUCACCGCCUCCAACCAUCAUGCAGCAGAAUAAAAAAGGAGACAUGACUCACGAGCUGGUGCGCCACUUCCUGAUAGAGACUGGCUCCAGGGGCGUCAAGCUCAAGGGCUGCCCCAAUGAGCCAAACUUCGGCUCCCUGUCAGCCCUGGUCUACCAGCACUCCAUCAUCCCGCUGGCUCUGCCCUGCAAGCUGGUCAUUCCAAACCGAGAUCCCACAGAUAAAUCGAAAGAUAGCUCGGGCCCUGCCAACUCCACCACUGACCUGCUGAAGCAAGGAGCAGCCUGUAAUGUGCUCUUCGUCAACUCCGUGGAUAUGGAGUCACUCACUGGGCCGCAGGCCAUCUCAAAAGCCAUAUCGGAGACAUUGACUGCUGACCCCACACCGGCUGCCACCAUUGUUCAUUUCAAAGUGUCCGCCCAGGGAAUCACACUGACUGACAACCAGAGAAAGCUCUUCUUCAGGCGACACUACCCCCUCAACACUGUCACCUUCUGUGACCUGGAUCCACAGGAAAGAAAGUGGAUGAAGACAGAGGGAGGUGCCCCUGCGAAGCUCUUUGGCUUCGUUGCCCGGAAGCAGGGCAGCACCACGGACAACGCCUGUCACCUUUUUGCUGAGCUUGACCCCAACCAGCCUGCCUCUGCCAUUGUCAACUUUGUCUCCAAGGUCAUGCUGAGUGCCGGCCAGAAGAGAUGAAUGCCCAGACCCCUUGCCCAGGCCAGGGCAGUGGGGACGGGGCAUGUGGGGAGGGGACCCAGGAAUCCUGACCGUCUUGAAUCCAGGAGGACUUUGGGCCAAUUUUGGAGAAGGAGAGAAGAAAGUGCAUCGUGGGGAGAGGGAAGUGAAUUGUGGAGGGGAGGGGGAGAGGGAGACAGAGAAAGGAAAGAUGGAGGAGCAGAACUCAUAUCCCCUGGGUAGACGGAAACUGCAAAAUCCCAAAGCCUCCCAAACCAGCCAGUUCCCCUUACUCCUCCACCUCCUCUGAGAAGACAGAGUUCCUCAAAGGGCACCAGCAGGCCUCCUGGGACCCAUAUUUUACAGCAGCAGGAUAGAUCUGUCUUGCUAACCACCCUGCUGCGUAAGGAGAAAUCAAGCUGAGAGAAUCUUUUUCUGGCCACCUGUAUGUAGGUCCCUAAGCUAAACAGCCAGGGGCAGACAGGAAGUGGUGGAACUUUUUCCUCCACAAGUGUCUCAGACCCAAGCCACCUCAGGUCUGAGCCGUGCCUCCGAUGUAUGAUUGUGUGGAUGCAUAGACAUCUCCCACCACAUCCUCACACACUGAUUUGUAUCUGCCUCUUUCUGCUAGAAUCAUAAACAGCUCUACUUGUUUGUGUUGUAUAUGCUGGCAGCACAUGUGUGUAAGAUCCAAAGGUUAGGUUGGGGGUGACAGGGUAUCAGGGAGUGGACAGAAGCCUCUCUUGCAGGAGCAUCCAGGACAGAGAAUCUUUUUCCUGGUCCCCACACCUGCUCUCUAGAGGCCUUGGGUGCCACCAGCCCAUCCUCCUGUGUGAGACCCUGGCAGGAGGGGUGGCCUCCUGUACAGCAUUCCCUGUCCUGUUCUGUCUCAGUGGGGAGGCUGGAGCAAUAGUUUGAGGAAGUGCAGAUGCUGGUGUCUGCAGUCUGGGCAAGGACCCAUCAGGAAGGGUGGCUGCUCAGCUCCGGCUUCUUCCCCUGCAGUCUGCGAACUGGGCGAGCCGUCCAGCCAGGGCUCCGGACUCUGCCUUACUCCUAGCUGUCUGCCGUUCCUGGGCUUGGGGCCCUAGUACCAGCCUUAUCUCAGAUUUACUUACCUGCAUGAUGCCUUUUGGGGGGCUAGAGCUGGAGCCUUCCAGAUCUGCCCUGCUCUGUCCUGCAGGGUCCUCAUGUUGGGGCUCAUCCUGGGGAGCCUGCCUCCUAAAGCCCUGCUCACCAAGGCCCUAGGGAGAAGCCUGUUAACCCUGUCUCUCCUCUGAAUAUUUUGGGGUCUGACUAUUGCAGGUGUCCUUCUGGCUGGGCUACCGAAGCCAAUAUCAGAGAGCUCCUAGGGCUGCUACCAGAGCCCCACAUGGCCUGCACACAAUGCCAAAGAGCCAUGCUGCCCAGGGAGCAGAGAGCAAGUGUGCAUUUAGUCCACAGGACCUAGGGUCCAUUUGGACAGUUGGGAAAUCCCCUAACCACCUCCCAAGGACCCUAAGCCAGAAGGAAAAUUCAUCAGGACUCCUUUCUUAAGCCUAUAGAGGUCCCCUAGAAAGAGGCAUUGUACUGAUAUAUAAAUAUAUAUAAUAUAUACAUGAGACAUACUGACAGAAUCUGUAAGGUAAUAAAAUAGAAGGAAAGGUUAAAAAAAAUAGGUAAAUUGACAAGAAGUAUUUAUUGUUUUCCCAUGUCGCUUUAUGGCCUCCCUGGGCAUAAACCAGUUCCAGUGCCCUUUUUAAUGUGUAAGUAGAACCUGGGGCCUUUAUUCUUGAGGAGCACGGGGUCUCCAUGCCUUGGCCUUGGCCUAACCUAGGCUACGUCAGGCUCAGUGGGAGGGGGUGCGAUGCCCCUUCCCGUGUGCUCUCAUUUUCUGGCAAGCCGGGGCCCAGUGGGUAGCUCCCUGGGAAUGUGGGGAGCCCCUUUCUCCAGGGCCUGGCGAAUGUGUGUGUGCAAGGACGCAGGAGUGUGUGGCCACAGCUGUGUGCUUCUCUUGUGUUUUCUUCUCCUCCAGGUAACUGUAUCUGUGUGGACCUUCUGUUUCAGUGAGCUGGAAAGGACAGUGUCUGUUAGAUGGGGAGCAGGGACAGAGGCCCCCCAUUUCCCAAAGGGUGAAAUGUUGGGCUUAGUGACCAAGGUCUUCCAAAGUGCCCUUCUGAGAUUUUCAAGCCAAAUGCCCACAUAGCCCCUCUCCUUCUUCCCUAGUGAACCCUAGUUCUCUUCCAGGAUAGAAGGAGAUGCUCCUCAUCCCUUUUCUUUGUAAAUACCCUAUCUCCCUCCACAUCCUGGGAGGUCUUCUGGGUCCGGGUGUCCCCUCCACACUUGAGGCUGGGCUGAGCAUCAGACCCUCCGGCAGCCUGGCCCGGGCCCAUGACUGAGUCUGGGGUCAGCCUGCCCACUUAGUUUCCCACCUGCCCUCUGCCCCCGAGUGUGGCCACCCCUGCACUCCAGCUGGAGCCCUGGAGCCAUGGGCGAGCCACGGGAAGGACCCAGGUCUGCACUGGCCAGCUGAUCACUCACUCCCAGCAUGCUUCUGAGUGUCCUUUCCAAAGGGAUGAUGGGAAGGGACCCAAGUCUCCACAGUGACCCCACUUGUGGGAACACACUGUAGUCUGCUUCCCUUCCCUAUCCUGUGUUUCACAAGUGGGCCUCUGUACACACACACACACACACACACAUGCCACUCUGCAUCAUCGCAGUCUAUUCUUGCCAAAGAUAUCCUUUUUUUUUAAAAAAAAGCACUUUUACUCAUUGUUAUUAUUGUGUGAAUGUUUGUCCUCCCCCUCUCUUUACCAGUUUUGCUGUUGUUUAUUGUUGAGUCUGUUUGUCAGCAAGGAGAGUGCUGUCUGGUCUUAAACACGAGCCGGGAUGGGAGGAGGUCUGGAGGAACGGCAGGAAGGAGCGGGAGACACAUGGCCGGCCCACAAUGCUGCAACCAGACUGCAGAUCCCUAGGGCAGCCUCAGGCCUUGCCCUUACGGGUCUGUUCAGCGUCUGGAGGUGAGGGAAGGGACAGAGCAGGGAAGGGACAACUGUGGACAGCAAGGAGUGGGCCCAGUGAGGUCCCUGUGGCUCUUCUCAUGGGGAUAAAGGGGAUCAAUUGGACCUGAGAACAAAGGAGAUGUGAUCCCAGAAGGAAACGUGGAGAAAAUGAGCUGUUUGCUCAGCCUCAGGGGUGACAGUGCCCUCCUGCUCCCAGGGAGUCCGGGACCCCUUAUCUGAGGGACAGAUGUCAUGUUCUAGGAUCAGGGGAGCCUUUUGACUCAUCGCAUGUGAACUGUGAAAGCUGUGGACUGCAGGAUGCCUUCUCCCCUGGUUUUUUGAGGAUUCCUUGGGGGUGUUCAGGAGUGGUCAGGAUAGUGGGGCCCUUUUGGCCUGUGUGGUCCCUCUCUAAAGGGGACCCUGGGAAGGAAAGGGGCAGGGAUCCUUCUGCCACAUUCUGUUAGGUCUGGGCUGAGGUGGAGCAGACUCCUCAUGCUGUGUGGGGGAGGCAGAGGGUUCGGUGACUGUGACUCGUGUCCACCCCACCCUGGGUUUUGUCCACCAUCUUUCCUCAUGGGGCUUCUCCCCCUCAUUUGGUGUUUCCCAGCUUCAGGUCUCGAGGAGAUCAAGUAGGUAGCAUCCCUACCCAUGGGAAGCAGCCCACCGCUACCCCACACUUGGGGUCCUUGCAGAGCUUCAGAGCAGAGUCUCAAUGCCACCUUUCCACCUGGUCUAGGUCCCGGAACCCGGAGACUCAUGGGUCCUUGUGCAGGGGUAACACAGGAUGUGUGUGUGUGUGCGUGUGCAAGUGUGGAUGUAUGUGUGCGCAUGUUUUGCUCAUCUCUUUAGGGACUUAGAGGUUGGGGCAGCAAGCUCAAUAUGACCCAGCUGUGAGAGGGAUCAGGAGGCGAGGCCUGUAAGGCCUCCAGUCAGUGGGGUUUCAGUGUUGAAGACAGGAUCAGCCAUGUGGGAUGGGCUCAGGCAAUGUGUUUCUUCUUGUCCCCUCUCUUAAAAUAUCUGCAAAGCUGGAAGAUCUCACUCUGUUUCCCACACCUGAGCUCUUCCUAGCAGUGAGGGUACUGUUCAGCCACAUCCCCCGUGUGUCCCCUAAUCAGUGUUAAACAGUGUGACACUCUCCUGUGGUCCAUGUUUGUGGUCCAUGUGUGACAGCAUGUCUGGGUGUGCAUGCUGCGAUUCCACCUUUCUCUUCUCCCUGACUUGUCACCAAAACAAAUGCAAGAGACUCCUUACACCACCGCCACCACCCCACAAUGCUCCCAGGCCCUUUUCAGGAAAAGCAGAACACCCCAGCAUCCUCCCCUCCCGGGCUUUGUAUUUAUAUAGAUGGAAAUAUACUUUAUAUUUUGUAUCAUUGUGCCUAUAACCUCUGCCACCUUGUAUAAACCCUGACCUCUGCUUCUCUCCCCGAUGUGAAUGUACACAGAUGCUGCCCCCACUCCUGUACAGCUGCUCAGUUUCUUCACGAUCCAUUGUAUGGCUUCAUAAAUGAUAAAGUGAAAGGAAAUCCA